AUGCCUUACUCUUUACGGGGCCGCAAUGUCCUGAUUACCGCUGGCUCAAGAGGCCUCGGAGCUGUGAUUGCCCGGAAAUUCGCUGCAGAAGGAAGCAAUGUUGCCAUCAAUUAUGUAUCGAGUAAGGAGACAGCCGAUAAAGUCGCGUCCGAUCUUGCGGCCAAAUAUAACGUGAAGACGAUUGUCAUUCAGGGUGAUGCGGGAAGCCAAAGCGAUUGCAUCAAUGCCGUGAAAACAACUAUUGAACAGCUUGGGGGCAUUGACGUUGUGAUUUCGAAUGCGGGCUGGACGAAGAUGACCAAGUUUUCGGACUUGGAUGCAAUGGACGACGCAGACUGGGAUAAAUGCUGGUCAAUCAAUGUCAAAAGCAGCUUCCACCUUUUCAAGGCUGCUCUGCCCACUUUCAACGCGAACCCCGACGGUGGUGUCUUUAUCCUUACAUCCUCAACUGCGGGUGUCAUCCCCAGUGGAAGCAGUAUACCAUACGCUGUGACCAAGGCAGGCUCAAUUCAUCUCAUGAAGAGCCUGGCGCAAUCUCAGGGUCCCAAAAUUCGCGUAAAUGCCGUUUGCCCCGGUCUUCUGUUCACUGAAUGGGGCCAGCGCUUUUCUCCAGAGCAGAUCAAGGGCUGGACGGAUAAAACGGCACUCGGACAUCUGCCCGAGGUGGAGGAUACCGCAGAGGCAUAUCUCUCCAUUGCGAGGAACUCUUCCAUGACAGGUCAAGCUGUCCAGAUCGGUAAGAUUAUUGAGCUCGAAUUGGAAUGGCACAUUGCUGACUGA